UUAAUUGAGAUGUUAAUGAGGCCUUGGUGGCUCCGGGCUGCGGCACCUGUCGAGCCAAGGAGGAGGGGUUGGGUGCCAGAUCCAACUGGAGAGGAACCAGUCACAGCCCAGCUCAGCUCAGGAGCCGGCUGGCCUGCCCUGCGUCUCUCCUGGGGACUGCCGGGGAGAGAGGACAGUGCCCCAGGCUGAGGACAGAGGCCGGACAGACAGCCUCAGGACAGACAGCCAGGCGGGAGCCGGGGGAGAGACCUGGAGUGUGCGAGCAGAGGGGAGCCGGUGAGGGAGGAAGAGGCCAACUGGGAAAGGGCUGAGAAAUAGAUCCUGGAGAAAGGAGAGAGAGAGAGAGAGAGGUGCGCUGCUGUGUAGAUAGAGCAGGAGGUGCUGGACACCCACAGCUGAUCUCAUCAGAGACACAGAGAAGCCCAGGCCAGUAGAGCCCAUGAAGGAAGAUAAGCUAGAGGAACUGGGCCCAGGCCCCGAACCUGUGGUUCCCCAGCAGCCCACGGAGGAAGAGGAGGCCUUGAUUGAGUUCCACCGCUCCUACCGGGAGCUCUUCCAGUUCUUCUGCAGCAACACCACCAUCCAUGGCGCCAUCCGCCUGGUGUGCUCACAGCACAACCGCAUGAAGACAGUCUUUUGGGCCGUGCUCUGGCUCUGUGCCUUCGGCAUGAUGUACUGGCAGUUCGGUCUGCUGUUUGGGGAAUACUUCAGCUACCCCAUCAGCCUCAACAUCAACCUCAACUCCGACAAGCUGGUGUUCCCUGCGGUCACCGUGUGUACCCUCAACCCCUACAGGUACAAGGAAAUCAAGGAGGGGCUGGAGGAGUUGGAUCGCAUCACUGAGCAGACGCUUUUCGACCUGUACAAAUAUAACUCCUCCAAGGCCCUAGGAGGCCACCCCCGCAGCCGCCGCGAUCUUCAGGGGUCUCUGCCGCACCCCCUGGAGCGCCUGCAGGUCCCUCCCGCCCGCAGCCAGCGCAGCGUCUCCUCCAGCAUGCAGGACAACAACCCGCAAGUCAACAGGAAGGACUGGAAGAUCGGCUUCCAGCUGUGUAACCAGAACAAAUCGGACUGCUUCUACCAGACCUACUCAUCGGGGGUGGAUGCAGUCAGGGAGUGGUACCGCUUUCACUACAUCAACAUCCUGGCCAGGCUUACAGGAAUCCCGCCUGCUCCCGAGGAGGACGCGUUGGGCAAUUUCAUCUUCGCCUGCCGCUUCAACCAGGAGUCCUGCAACCAAGCGAAUUACACUCAUUUCCACCACCCUGUGUAUGGCAACUGUUACACUUUCAAUCACAAGAACAACUCCCACCUCUGGAUGUCCUCCAUGCCGGGGAUCAACAAUGGCCUGUCCCUGAUGCUACGUACAGAGCAGAAGGACUUCAUCCCACUGCUGUCCACUGUGACGGGUGCCAGGGUCAUGGUGCACGGGCAGGAUGAGCCAGCCUUCAUGGAUGAUGGUGGCUUCAACCUGAGGCCUGGUGUGGAGACCUCCAUUAGCAUGAGGAAGGAGGCGCUGGACAGGCUGGGGGGAGACUACAGUGACUGCACCCAGAAUGGCAGCGAUGUCCCAGUGGAGAACCUGUACCACCCUGCCAACUACACACAGCAGGUGUGCAUUCACUCGUGUUUCCAGGAGAACAUGAUCCAGAAGUGUGGCUGCGCCUAUAUCUUCUACCCCUCACGCAAGGGCGUGGAGUUCUGCGACUAUAGGAAGCACAACUCCUGGGGUUAUUGUUACUACAAGCUCCUGGAUGCCUUCUCCUCUGACCGCCUGGGCUGCUUCACCAAGUGCCGGAAGCCAUGCAGUGUGACCAGCUACCAGCUCUCUGCAGGCUACUCUCGGUGGCCCUCUGUGACAUCCCAGGACUGGGUCUUCAAGAUGCUGUCCCAGCAAAACAACUACACCAGCACCAACAAAAGAGAUGGAGUGGCCAAACUCAACAUCUUCUUCAGGGAGCUCAACUACAAAACCAACUCUGAGUCUCCCUCGGUCACGAUGGUCACUCUGUUGUCCAACCUGGGAAGCCAGUGGAGCCUGUGGUUCGGGUCCUCGGUGCUGUCGGUGGUGGAGAUGGCCGAGCUUGUCUUCGACCUCCUGGUCAUCACCUUCCUCAUGCUGCUCCGGCGCUUCCGCAGCCGCUACUGGGCCCCUGGCCGGGGCGCUCGUGGUGCCGGGGAAGUGGCCUGCACACCUGUGUCCUCCUUCCCCUCCCGCUUCUGCCCACACCCCUCCUCGCCACCCCCAGGCUUGGCUGCCACCCCCCCAGCCUUGGCAGCCCCCCCGCCUGCCUAUGCCACCCUGGGCCACUGCCCACCACCUACAGACCCUGCUUAUGACCUGGGGGACCCCUGAGAAGGUGGAGAGGGGCCCCUACUCCCAAAGCAGCACUGGAGAAGGUGGGGGCUUCCCCUCGAAGCUGCCCAGGGGUCUUGGGGUUGUGGGGGUUGGGGCUAGCUGGGGCAGUAGCUGGACUUACCCGGGUCUCUGCUUCCUGCCUGGCCUCCAGCCUCCAGCCAGACCCCCCCCCCCCCCCCCCCAGAAAACCUCCUGUGGCCUUGGAGCAGCCAAGCCAGACUUGGCACCCUGACAAGGAACUUUCCUAGGAAGCAAGCAGAGCCAAGCACAAACAAAGGCCCUCACUCCAGGCAUGGGGGUCCCGCCCAAGCCAACCCCCUCCACCUCCUGCCCUGCUCCCCACUCCUGCUACUGCUCUUGAACCUCAGUGGGGAACCCCAGGGAACCCCACCCAAAAGCCCCCUUGAUUAGUUCUGGGGCAAGUCCCUAAGAGGCUGAAGUAUACCAGCACAGUGAAGGUUUAACCAUCCUGGUUGCACCCCCUUCCAGAUUCAUCUGCUCCCCUUGACCCCACCUCUGCCCCGACAGAAUCCUUCCUUCUCUGCAGAUUUGCUCAAGCUGGUCCCUUAGCCUGGAGGCUUCUUCCACCGGCAGCUGGAGAACUCCUGUGCAGCCCUCAGAGCCCUGCUCAGAGACCACCUCCUCUGUACAGGCUGCUGCCCUAUUUUGCCCCCCCCCAUUGAUGGAGCCCCUCUGCCCUGCCUCUACUCCCCACCACACACAACCUGAUAGGAGGACUCAUGUGACUUCACAUUCUUGUUCCUUUAUGUCUGCCUCGCCCCCCCACCCCCAGACUGAAUCCUGGAGCUCAGGGUCUGAGCCCAGUGCCCGCCUUAGAGCACAUAGAUUCAAUAAAUCUCUGCUGUGAAACGA